GCACAGCUUUCAGGAAUCCCGACUCGAGCUCGAUUCCCGCAAGUCGGUCUCGCGGAGAUUUCCUUCCGCACCUUCCAUCGCAGCCAACAGGCCUCCGUCCUCGCUCCCGGAGCAGUAGCGACCCGCGCAAGCAAUGGCGGAGUCAGCCGGCGAGAGCGAACGCUCCAACGGCGUCCACGGGGAGGCGGCGGACAAGGUCGAGGUCGAGGUCGAGUUCGAGCGUCGCCGCGACGGUCGGGCUCCGCCUCCACCUCCGCCUCCGGCUCUCCACGCCGUCCUCUAUCGCAUGAUAUCCACCGUCCUGUUUCCCGAUUUCACCAGCAGAGCUUCGGGCGAGCGGCUCGCGCGGCGGAUCAAGAUCUCCCUCGCCGACGACUGGCCCGUCCUACGGGAAGCUUCUUGGCAGACCGGGCGCCACAUCCUCCACUGGACUCGCCGGGGUUCUCCUCUCCGCGCGCUGCUCGUCGUCUCUAUUGGAACAAUUGCUUUUCUUGCUUUGACGGGACUUCUUGUGUUCAUGCUCUUUUUCCUUGCGGCCACGAUCAACGCAAUUGUCAUUUCUCUUCUGAUGUCUAUGGCUGCAGUAGGGAGUGUAUUGGCUCUUUUUCUUGCCUGUGUGACAGCUAUAUAUGUUGGUGCUCUGGCUGUCGCCUUUUUUGUUAUUUCUACAGCAACAUGCUCUGCAGUUCUAGCUGUUGUUGUAGCUACAGGUUGGAUAGGUUUUCUUUGGACUGUCUGGUUGGCAACUAAGAAAAGUGUGGACCUUGCAAAACAUACUAUCGGGGUGACUGGUUCAGCCAUCUCAGCAUAUUCUACUGGUCGGCAUUCCCAUCACCACCAGAGAGCCAGUAAAAUCUUGGAUUGAAGAACCACUUUGGAUGCAUCUCCUCGUGUAAUGUUGCUGGGGGGCUUUUAUGGUGCGAUGAGCCACUUUCCCUUCUGUUUUCAUGAUAUAUACAGAGGCAGCAAUGAGAUUAAUGGCUAUGCAUGUACUUGUAUAUGUUUAAAUGAGGUUUGGGAGCUUGAUCUGUAUCUGGUGCUGUUAGAUGUGGUUUGUUGCAUUUUAUAACUCCGUACAGAUGUGAAUUCAUAGUAAUGAUUAUCUCUACUUUCUUCUGCU